UGUUAAUCAAACACCUAUGAACGAACACCGUCUUUGGCAUGAGGAGUCUCACUUACUACAUAAUGAAGGACAAAAGCAACGUCGUUUAGCUAAAGCAAGCCUACGUUAUGGACGUCCAUCAGGAUCAAUGGAUUUUAUUUUAUCUGUACCUACAUGUGGUAGAUUACUUAUAUUAUCUAUGCUCUCAAAACGUCAAUUUAUACUUCAGUGAUCAGUCGAUGUCAUUUGUUCUAAUUCGCGAUUUGUUAUUAUCACGAGAAGAAAUCUAUUUACAAAACAAAAACAGAUAAUUGAAAUGACUCAAAUGAUCUUCAAUCAACUUCGGUAGUGAAAUACAGCUUUUAAACUGCAAAACAACUAUGGUUUAUUGUAAGAACUGAUCGGAGAGUUGCGAGACUCGAAUUGGAAAUCAUGUCUUCUAGUGCUUUAGACAAUGAGGACUUGGAGAACGUACAUCUGGUUAGAAUGGAGGACGUUCAGCCUUCUAGAGACAGGAUAGAGAGGGUGAUAGACGUUCACGGUUCAGAAACUGACGAGGAAGAAGUUUACGAGACUUGUAUCAUUGACGAAAUUGAUUAUGAAAGGGACUGUGUCGGUGAAGAUAGUGAUUCGAAUAUAGGUAGCAUGGUAUCUAUACAGUCUGAGGACAUUCUGGACGAUGCCAGUGAUAACGAAGAGCUUAUUGUUCCGGAAGUAUCGGAUCCUGCUGUUGGCGUGGAGAUACCUAUUGAAAUAGAACCCAUAUCAGAAAUCAAACAGAAACCCCCGGACAGUUGGCCAACAUUAGAAAUACUGCCCGGAGGUGUCAUAAAGAAUGCCAAUGAAACAGAUGUUCAACCCAAGGUGGAGACUGAGAGUAAAAAAGCAGGAGAGAUGAUGUACGCAUGUGCAAAGUGCUCACAGACAUUCAAGUAUCUAUUUUGUCUAGUAAAACAUGUUAAAUGGCAUGAGGAGCAACAGAAAAUAAUGCAACUGGAGAAUACAGGGGAACUAAAUACAGACGAUCCCGAAUACAUCUGCCUGCAAUCCGGAAAAAAGAAAAUAGUCUCACCCAUAAAGACAAACAAACGGAAAUUACCAAAGAGGUUAAAAUCCUAGUUUAAUAAGCUCUAUGGUUAAGGAUUUUUAUUCCUUGUUAUUUACUUUUGUUUACGCCUUCUCCAAAUAUAUAUUACUUCCAAAUGUAUAAGUUUACGUUGCCCGCGAAUUUUUAAAGAUAUAAUUUUUGUUAGGAACUUCAGAAACGUCAAAUCAGACAACGUUGAAUCCAAAUAUAACAUUUUAUCGAAAUAAUUGUGUCUGUUGAGUAAAACACAAAUAACUUAUAUUAAAACAUGUCAUGAUGAACGGAUAGCUAAUUGGGGAAACGCUUUUUUCACUACACUCGCAAUAUAUUGAUGUUUAUUAAUUGUAAUAAAAUAUAUAUAUUUAUUAAAUAUUUGUUUCAAAGAGGCUCACUUCCAAGGCAUAUCAUAAAGUAAUUUCGUUUCACUUGCUUGAGAGUGUCAUCACAAUGACACUUUCAAACAAAUCUAUUUUCAUGUAUUUUGGAAGAAAGACUCCGCUCUCUCUUCCAAAAUUGCACAGUACUUUACGACCUUUACGGGGCCAACCGAUUGACCUUUCUACAAUCGUUAACCUCAAUAAAUCUCACUCAAAUGUAUGGAAAUGAAAUUUCGUUUCGAUAAGUCACGUGACCUUGACCUGUCAUCUCCAUACAUACAAAUGAUUUCAAUUGUAGUGAACGAUUGUAGGAAUUAGAAACAUCGUUUGACUGAAGAGGUUGAUGCAUAACUGCUUUUAACGCACAUUAUAUUGAUUUUCAAAUAGGAUUAUACAGUCCAGUUUAUAAUAUAGGUCAGUGUUCAAAUGCAUUAUUUACAGAUUAUAUUGAUGUCCAUUAUAAUAGAAAUAGAUAGGUAUUUAUGAAAUUCAAUGUUGUAAUAAUUUAUCAGAGAUUUAAGAAAGUUAAUUAAUCGUGUGCGGAAUUCAAACUAUUUAUAAAUGUUUUUAGAAAAAAGGGGUCUACUGCCAUGUCUUAAAGUAAUAUUAUAUGUAUUUGAAAACACAGCAAUGUGAUAUAGGUACCUUAGUCUACGUUUACACCAGAGAUGUGCGAGGAUGUUAAGCGAGGGAUGUGUAAAGAACCAAUAGAAUCGCUUCAUUUUCUUCGCUUCGGUCAUCCUCGCUCGGCACAUUUCCAUUAUAUAACUCUGGUACACUAGGUAGGUAACUACAAAGUUUACCGCACAACAUUUUAAAUCCGGCUGGCCUUCUGUCCGUCUGUCUUUCGGCUGUAGGCAUGA